AUGGAUUAUUCAAGCGCAACUGGCUCCAGCGCGGCCGCCAACAGGGCGGAACGAUUCGAGGAUGAGAAACGUCGAAUCAUUGACAGCUGUUUCAACAAAAAGGAUACCGAUGGCCUGCUUCAUGAAACUUAUAUUACCCAUAUUCGCGUCACCGAGUUCUCCUCGCAUUCAUCGAUGCCACCACCUCCUGAAGCCCGGGGUCAGAAUACCGAGAAGCCCAGGAUUAUUGUCGUGGCAGUACGAAAAUCUGGAAGGGUUCGAGUCCACAAAGCCAAAGAGAACAAUAGUGGAUCUUUCUCAAUCGGCAAGACAUGGAACCUGGACGACCUCUCACAUAUCGAAUCCUAUACAGGGCCCAAGGUAAGCCCGAACCUGCGAGAAUGGGCUGGGGAGACUGGAUUCCUUGUUACACUGGGAAAGCCCUAUUUUUGGCAAGCUCAAACCGAAAAGGAGAAGAAAUUCUUCAUCGCAAGUUUAAUCAAGAUAUAUGGCAAAUAUACAGGAGGUAAAUUGCCUGAGCUAUCGGGGUUCGAUCAAAGGGAAUUGGAUCAAAUUCUGGGAGCAGGCAAGCGCCCAGCCGGAACUCCACCUCGACAGCAAACGAUUGACCCGGCGACUAGCCAACAAGCUAUCGCCACAUCCUCGGCCGCUUCCAAGAGUGCUCUUGGAGAGGCCCCGCGAUAUCCCAGGCCUUCCCCUCUUGCCCGGCCUUCACCGAAUGAAACUAGGUCUCCCGCUGGAAGUUUCGACUCUACUGCGUCCAGAGAACGGUCCGUUCCCCGAUGGACAACCCAAAACAACAAAAGCCAAGACUCUAUUGCCAACUCUACUGCAACAAAAGGCGAUGAUACGUCGAGCAUCCCUCCGCGUUCGCGUAGCGGCAUGAGUGGACCGAGUGGCCUUAGUGGGCUGAGCGAACCUCGAGAUAUUCCUGACUCAACUCACGAUUCCAUACCUGCAAUGUCUCGCCCAUCCCUGGAAAGCAAACUCCCCCCUGAAAGAAGGCGCCCCCCUAUGGAUCCUUCAAGACCGCAGGAUAGGGAUUUGGUCCCUGCCCCGUUGAUGAGCUCACCAGCUAAAAGGGAGCCGGUGGCGCCUCCACCACGGAGCAUCGAUCGAGUUGCUUCUCCAGCAAUUCCAUCACCCGCCACGUGUAGUGGAGCCCUUGGAGGACGUGGAACAAAAAUCAGGGAGCUAACUCCCCCAGAUCAAUCAGGAACAAAGGAUGCUCCAACCCUUGAAAAAACAAUAAGCUCACCGGAUGAGGAAACUCGUCCUGGUUUAGGUCCUAUGAUAAAGUCCAAAAUAUCCAAAGGGGAUGUUGCCGGUGCCUUUUGGAAGGCUGCAUCUGCUGCAAAUGCUUUCCGUCCGCGACCGGGAGGAGCUGGAGAACGUCUCCGUCAAAACCAAGCCAAGGCAAACGAGGGCCCUGAUGGUAUUACAAGCGUUGUCCCAGCACCGCCGAGACCUGUAUCUCGCGACGCAAACCCUCCGACCAUUGAACCUCCCAAGCCGGCUAUUAGUGACUUGACAAUACCGGAGGUCAAAAUAUUGGUGGCUGAGUCAAGCACCCCUGGAAAUGUACAAGCACCAACUAAAGAGGUUAAUGAGACCGAGAAGGACGCAACCGUUCCGAAAGAGGCCUCUCGUCGGCCUGUGGUCGUUGGACAAGAUGCUAGGUAUCUUCAAAGGCUGGGUGUUGACCCCAUUAUACUUGAUGAUCGCAGUGAAGAAUUCGGCAAAUGGCUGGACUUCUUUGGUUGGGUUCCCGGUGAUCAAAUGCACUGCUUGAAUAUGGACGAUAUAGGCAAUGAUCUAGAACGAGAAUUAAACACAGUCCAGGCGGGAGGGUGGCUAGCACGCUUUCGAGAAGAAGAUGAGAGGGUAAAUACUAUCAAACGAGGAAUCGACCUUGCCAUGGGUGAAUGCGAAGAGCUGGAUAACUUACUCACGCUAUAUUCAGUGGAGCUCUCGACCCUCUCAGACGAUAUUGCCUAUAUCGAAGCCCAGGGCCAAGGUCUCCAGGUACAAACGGCCAACCAAAAGUUGCUAAGGAAAGAGCUGGAGUCAUUGCUUGAAACAUGCGCUAUUACAUCAAACGACCUCCAGGCACUUCAACAGGCGCCCCUGGAGAAUCUUCGAGGCUUGGAAGAGGUCGAACUCUCCCUUGUGACUCUGUUUAGAGCCAUGAUCAAGAUUGACCCCUCUCUUGGAGGUGAUGAAACCGGAAAGUCUAUGGAUGCGGCCCUGGACGCUGAUCAUGCCUUGGGGUUAAACAGCAAUUACGGCAAGAUGAGGAUUGUACAAGAGAAGAGAGAAAUGUACCUGCACGAAAGCAGGUUUUUCAUGAAACGACUACUGGACUUCAUGACCGGCCAAUUCGCAGAAGCUUAUGUCGAAACGAAGCGCGCAUUGGAUGGCGCUCUUUCUAAAAAGGUUGAUCCUGCGCACCACAGCAUUGGAAGAGAUCUUCUGUGGAAGUACAGCCCCUUGAUGCUCUACGCAAGAGACGCGGACCUAGAAAACUGGAAUCGCCUCAUGCAGAUUUAUCAAGACAAGAGCUCACCCGUGUAUAAGCAUGAAUUUCAGCAUGUAAUCACUGUUUGGCGUAAAAAUGCGAGAAAAUUAACGGGAGAUGAAGCAGAGGUUAUCUUCUCGUCUCAAGUUGAAAAGCAGCAGGAGGGUGUUGCUACAGCUGCUAGAAAGUUGACCGUCAAACGUAGCCAAACGCUGGCUAAAGCUCUGCGGUCGCCAUUGGCAGAUGGUGGCACCAGAGCGCACGUUGAAAAGAACACCACGGAAAGGAAUACCGUGGAUAACAGAAGCCUACCGUACGAAAUCUUCUCUGGGGUCCUGGAAGAUCUUUUGCCUCUAGUUGAGAUGGAACAAAAUUUUAUCAUCGACUUCUUCCACGCGACAACGCUAGAGCAAGCAGAUUUCCCAGAGGCAGUUGCAGCGUCUCCUCCUCGAGACCGUCGUGGAGGCGAUUUGAAGCGUCACAGGCUCAUGGAGCCUGACCGAGAACUUGCUCGUCGGGUUACACGAUCCAUGGAGGCCAUUUUUGCAUUCCUUGAGGCUGAGUUGCGAAGAUUGAUGGAGUGGGCAAUCGCCCAAGAUCCACUCCAAGGGGUUGGAGUGCUCGCCACACUCGAGAGAAAGUUGUCUGAAAUGGGGCAAUCUAAUCAAGAUUUUCUCAAUGCCCUUCUCCAGAAGUUGCAUGCCUCAUUGGAGGGCCAAUUCAGAAAAUUUGUUGACGAGCAGAUACGAGCCAUUGAGGAAACAAAGGUCAAAAUCAAGAAGCGCAAGGGCGUCAUAUCCUUCAUACGAAUAUUCCCUGCAUUCAUGGCCGCCGUCGAGAACAUGGUUGCUGGGUUAGAUCAUAACCUAAUCUUGCGACGGACGGUUAAUCGGGAGUAUGAUCGCAUUCUAAAGACGAUGUUUGAGUCACUAAUGGUGAUUGCGCGUGAGCACCCAGCCGUCGUUGGGGUUGCCGGUGGAGCAGCUGAUCCAGAGGACAAGGAGGCGUUGAACUUUCACAUUUUACUGAUUGAAAACAUGAAUCACUUCCUCGAAGAGACUGAUGCUCGCGGUCUACAGGUUCUUGAGAACUGGAAAGCACAAGCAAACACUGAAUAUCAUGAACACAUGGCGCUAUAUCUAAAUGCGGUGAUGCGGCGACCCCUUGGGAGACUUCUGGAGCAGAUUGAGAAUAUCGAAGCGCAGCUACAAACCGGCAAGUCCGCAAUGGCAAUUGCACGACAGCCCUCAAACAACAAGACGGCAUUCAAUAAAGUGCUGGGCUCGUAUGACGCGAAGGAAGUGCGGAAAGGGAUUGAAACUCUACGGAAACGCGUGGAAAAGCACUUUGGUGAUGCAGAUGACCCAACCCUCAGUCGGGGCUUGGUCGUCAGGGUGCUUCAAGAGUGUGAAGAAUUCUACACCAGUGUUGAAAGCAGGAUAGGUAGGAUUAUUACUGACGUCUAUGGCGGGGAGGUGUUCUUUGAAUGGCCUAGGGUAGAGGUGAAGGCUGCCUUUAGGUAA